CCUAUCAGCCAUUACCACUAUCAUUUAAACUCUUUGUCAGCGUUUCACACUUUCUAAAACUCCAAUAUCCCAAAACAAUGGGUUCAACCGGUGAAACCCAAAUGACUCCCACCCAAGUCUCGGAUGAGGAAGCCAACUUAUUCGCCAUGCAACUCACCAGUGCCUCAGUCCUUCCCAUGGUCCUCAAGUCGGCCAUAGAACUUGACCUGCUGGAGAUCAUGGCCAAAGCUGGCCCAGGUGCUUUCCUCUCCCCAAAAGAAUUGGCUUCCCAGCUCCCCACCAGCAACCCCGAUGCACCUGUCAUGCUAGACCGCAUCUUGCGCCUCCUGGCUACCUACUCCAUCCUCACUUGCUCCUUGCGCACUCUUCCUGAUGGCAAAGUGGAGAGACUCUAUGGUCUUGGCCCUGUCUGCAAAUUCGUGACCAAGAAUGAAGAUGGCGUCACUCUUUCCGCCCUCAGUCUCAUGAAUCAAGACAAGGUCCUUAUGGAGAGCUGGUACUACUUGAAAGAUGCCGUGCUGGAAGGUGGAAUUCCCUUCAACAAAGCCUAUGGUAUGACCGCAUUCGAGUACCAUGGCACGGAUCCUAGAUUCAACAAGGUUUUCAACAGGGGAAUGUCUGAUCACUCUACCAUUACCAUGAAGAAGAUUCUUGAGACCUAUGAUGGCUUUGAGGGACUCAAAACACUGGUCGAUGUUGGCGGCGGUACUGGAGCUACGCUUAACAUGAUUGUCACCAAGCACCCUUCUAUAAAGGGCAUCAACUUUGAUUUGCCUCAUGUCAUUGAGGAUGCUCCUGCUUAUCCUGGUGUGGAGCAUGUUGGUGGAGACAUGUUUGAAAGUGUUCCAAAAGGAGACGCCAUCUUCAUGAAGUGGAUAUGCCACGAUUGGAGUGAUGAGCACUGCUCCAAGUUUUUGAAGAAGUGCUACGAAGCUUUGCCGGACAGCGGAAAAGUAAUUGUUGCAGAAUGUAUUCUCCCAGAUUACCCAGAUCCUAGCCUUGCCACAAAGUUAGUUGUCCAUAUUGAUUGCAUCAUGUUGGCUCACAAUCCUGGUGGGAAAGAGAGGACUGAGAAAGAAUUCGAGGCCUUGGCAAGGAGUGCUGGGUUUCAAGGUUUCCAAGUAAAAUGCUGCGCGUUCGGCACAUACAUCAUGGAGUUUGUCAAAAGGGUUUGAACUUUGAAUCUACGUGUCUUGGUUACAUGCUUCACACUGUUACUUGGGCGAUUGUCUCAAAGGUGGCUUGCACACAGAAAACAAAUAAGGACGAGAUUUUGUGCUGCUUGUGUAUGAUAAAUACUGUUUUAUACGUAUGCUCAUAAUUCUAUCCCGGCCUCAAUGUAAAGUAAUACGCAAAUGUUGAUUAAUGUCAUAAAACCUCGAGUUUGAGAAAAGAAAUCAUGAAGAAGCUGAUUGUAUAAA